UGCCUUGAAUGCUUUGAUUGUAUUUAUUGUUAAUCUUGUAAGUGCUACAGAAAAUUGCAAGGUUACAAGGACUUAAGGAUGUUGCCGAUUUCAGCAACUCAGUGUUUGAUAAGCAUCUUUGUCUUUGUUUUGUUUACUUGCUUGUGUUCCCAUUGCCAAUCAACUCAAGAAUCUCAAAAAGAAUAUGUGAGUGUUAAGAGGUCAGAUUUUCCGGAUAAUUUUCUUUUCGGAGCAACGACUUCUGCUGCGCAGAUUGAAGGAUCAGCUAAAUCUGGAGGGAAAGGACCGAGUAUUUGGGACCAAUUUAUUCGAGAAUUCCCAGAAAAAAUAAAAGAUAAUAGCAGCUUGGAGGUAGCUGCUGAUUCAUAUAAUCGCUACAAGGAAGAUGUAUCGAUUUUAAAAGACCUUGGCGUUAAUGCUUAUAGAUUUUCCAUUCCCUGGACAAGGAUUCUGCCUGAUGGAACUUUGGGUGGUGGAAUAAAUCAAGAGGGUAUCAGUCAUUACAAUAGUUUCAUAGAUGAGUUGAUUAAAAAUGACAUCGAGCCUUUUGUGACAAUUCUGCACUUUGAUUCACCGGAAGCCCUUGAAAACAAGUAUGGAGGCUUCUUAAAUUACAGUAUUGUGAAUGAUUUCAAGGAUUAUGCUGAAAUUUGUUUUAAAAAAUUCGGAGAUCGAGUUAAAAAUUGGAUUACAAUUAAUGAGCCACUAAUUAUGGCUAAAAUGGGGUAUUGCUUGGGAGUGGCUCCACCAGGCAGAUGUUCAGAUAGGAAAAUGUGUCCCAAUGGUAAUGCAGCCACAGAACCUUACAUUGUUGCCCAUAACGUUCUUCUUGCUCAUGCAACAGCUGCUAAGCUUUACAAAAAGGAGCACCAGGCAACACAAGGUGGACAAAUUGGAAUAGCCCUUAAUUCCCAUUAUUAUGAGCCAUAUUCAAACUCAUCACUUGAUAAAGAGGCAGCAAAAAGAGGUAUGGAUUUUGAGUUGGGAUGGUUUAUGGAACCAUUAAUGCACGGAGAAUACCCAGAAAGCAUGAGAAGAUUAGUUAAAGAUAGGCUACCUGUUUUCACACCGGAACAAAAUGAGCUUGUCAAAGGAUCUUUUGAUUUCAUCGGCAUCAAUUAUUACACCUCAAGAUAUGCUAAAAGCGUUCCACCUACUCCAAAUGCUGCACCAGCUAGCUGUUUGGUAGAUCCAAAUGUUAAUGCCACAGUUGACAAAGAUGGAGUCCUUAUUGGUCCAAAUGCAGGAGGGAAUGAAUAUCUUUACGUUUAUCCCGAAGGGCUUUAUAAACUUUUGAAGUUUAUGAAGAAAAACUACAGCAAAAACCUUAAAAUUUACAUUACUGAGAAUGGUUAUGCGGAGAAAAGCAACAUGUCGAUCUCCGAGGCACUAAAGGAUCCAAGCAGAAUUGAAUUUGUUCAGAAGCAUUUACAUCAACUCCAAAUUGCAAUAAGAAAUGGUGUGAAUGUCAAAGGAUAUUUCUAUUAUAGUUUACUUGAUAGUUUGGAAUGGAGAGAUACCUCCACCAUCGGAUUUGGACUUUAUUAUGUUGAUUUCAAGAACCUUACUCGUUCAUGUAAAGAAUCUGCUAAAUGGUACCAUAAUUUUAUAUUAAAGGUAUAAAAUAAUAAAUAUUUCGAACAA